UAUUUCCCUUCCUUCGAAUGUUUUUCUUCAUGGUAUCAGAGCAGUGAAAGGCUCUGGGCGUGAACUUUGCUAUACCGACGGCUGAAUCAACAAAGCCAUGUCCGGCGAUCAAACUGAACGACGAAAAAUCAACGAUCCGGCUUCGCCCUAUUAUCUUUCAAGCUCGGACUAUCCUGGCCAGAACAUAUGUGGGCUAGUCCUGACAGGGGAGAGCAACUACAAGGAAUGGGCGACGUCGAUGAAGAACGCAUUCCGUGCAAAACGGAAAUUGGUGUUUCUUGACGGCACCAUCAAACGACCCGAAACCAACGCCAGAGAUCUCGAGGACUGGCUGACAGUCCACUCCAUGGCCGUAGGAUGGAUUAUGACAUUGGUAGACCAGGCCUUGCGUACCAAUCUUGUCUAUACGGAGACUGUUUGUGAAUUGUGGAACGAUCUGGAGCAGCGCUUCGCCGCCGGGGAUGCGAUGCGGACGUAUGAACUGAAAGAAUUGAUCCGCGACUGCCGGCAGGAUGGACAAACGAUCACGACCUAUUUUGGACGACUCAAAGGCCUGUGGGAUGACUACGACGAUUACUGGAAAUUCCCGCAGUGCACGUGUGGAGCGUGUACAUGCAAUCUUAAUAAGUUACUCCUCAAAUAUGUCGAGACAGAAAAGAUACACGACUUCUUAAUGGGUCUUGACCACAAGGUCUAUAAGAAUUUACGUUCUAAUAUUUUGAGUUUGGAUGACCUGCCUUCAUUGACCAGAGUGUAUAAAUUGGUGACACAAGAAGAAAGGUUACAGAAUUUGACGCGAGGAAAGGAGGAGAAAACCGAGGCAAUGGCCUUUGCUACUCGCACCACAUCCAAUCUGGACGAAAAGGAGGGAAAAAUCAAGUGCACCUUUUGUCACAAGACUGGACAUGAGGCGGAAAACUGCUUUAGGCGGACCGGAAAUUAUCCGGACUGGUGGUACGAGAACCCGGGAAGAGGUCGUGGGGAACGGAGCCGUGGAGGACCUAGUCGGGGAGGACACGGCCGAGGACGUUCUGGACGCGGCGGUGGCCGCAGCGGAGUGCAUGCAAUGCAUGUUGGAGAAUAUCGGGAUGGUGAACCUGUGAUGCAUGAAAAGAAGAACGUGGUUAUGCACAAACCCGAAUUUACAGAUGAACAGUGGCAGACCCUCAUGAAGUUGAUGGAAAAGAGUAAGAACAAUAGCUCCGAGGAGAAACUCACAGGACCUACUUACGAGGACGCCGAUUGGAGUGGGUGACCGACGAGGGGGAGUUUAUUAUUUCCGGAGUCUCGAUCUGGCACAAGUACAUGCGGUGGAAGGAUCCAACUCAGGUGAUUUGUGGCAUUCUCGGCUGGGACAUCCGUCAGUGAAAGUUUUACGGUUGCUUAGUUGUUUGAAUAAAAAUUUGUUAAAUUCUGCUCAGAAUAAUGUGUGUGAUGCUUGCUUACGCGGCAAACAAACACGUGACAGUUUUGCUAUUAAUAAUGCUCGUGUUAUUGAACCUUUUGAGUUAAUUCAUUGUGAUAUUUGGG